GGAGUCGAGAGGUUGUUAUAUGUGGUGUUCCAGAGGGCGAGUAGUGUAGCCGGCGGCGGCCAGCAAGACAUGCUCAGUACACGUCCAGCCACCAGUGAGGGAGCACCACGCGUCUCUUACUCUGACAACAUGAUUCCAGCCGGGCCAAGGUGUUUGAAAAUGCUGCUGUUGUUACCAGUUCUGAUGACGAUGGCGCUUCGUGCAGCAGCGGAACCCCGCACGUGCUUCGUGGACGUGAUCCUCACCACGACCAGCGGGAAGGUGACGAAGGACGUGCCCGACUUCACGGUGAAAGGCAUCCCCUGGGCCACCUGCCAGACAGCCAGGCGAGACUGUCCUGCUGGCCUCCUGGGGCAUGCCAAGAAACUCUUCGGUGAUAAUUUAAUCCCCAUCACUGGCAACACCUCCGUCAAGCUCUGUGAACUGUUCGGGAUGGACCUGCCACCUAGUGUCUCAGGAGAGGUCCACGCUCACUACAUCGCCAGCGGCUGCGACAAGGAAGGCUCUACGUAUCUGGGUAAGCUGUGCUGCUGGAAGUGCAUCGUUGGCCCCUACACAUUCUUCCAUCCUAACGACAACUGCGCCGCCUCAACCAGGCCACCCUGGUGCCCCUGAGUCUAGCCCUUAGCGCUGUCUAACCUCACCGCCCCAACCCCCAUGCAGUCAGUAUCUAACCUCUCUACCACAUGGAAUAGCCCUGCAAAAAAAAAAAAAAAAAAAAAAAAAAAAAACUCUACCACUACCCAUCCCAGCCCUAUCCACCCUCUCCAAGCCCCGUCUGACCCCAAUCCCUGCAACCUCUUCCGGCUUCAUCUAGCCCAAUCUUAAAUUUGAAUUUAACUAAAUUAAUCAUUGUGUGUAUCAUGCCAUUCGCUGUUAAUUGAUUAACCAGUUGUUAACUAGGUCAUUCGUAGCUAACUGGGGUCAACCAUGGAGAAUUAGGGACAACUAUUGCUAACAAGAUCCAAAAUUAACUAGAAUACUAGAUUAGCUAUUAAUAACAGGAUAUAAGAUUGCUAAUUAUUUGAAGUUAAUCAUUGUUAAGUAAUUCAACUAACGUUAACUAUAUAUAAACCGUUGACUAAAUAAAAAUGUACACCCUUAAUUGUAAACCGGGGUAAGUGAUUGAUAAGUAUAGGUCAGCUAGUUGAUCGGGUCAAUCAAUGUUAACUAGGUCAACUGGCCCAAUUAAUUAGGUCAACUAUUAACUAUUUUUAAAUAGAUUGAAUACAUUUAACAAGAUCAACCUUUAUUAAGCAAAUUAAAUAUUGUUAACUUUAUAGGUCAUAUAUUAAUAACAUCACUGAAGGUUGAUUUAUGUGAAAACUUAUUCUUGUAAAAAUUUACUUUUUUUAUAUAUAUAGUUUCACUUAAAAAUGCAAACUAGAGUUGUGUAAGUUUCCAUUGUUAGUUAAUUUAAAUAAUAUCUUGUCAUCGGUUUCUGUUUAGACUGAUAACAAAUCAGUAUUGAGCUAAUUUUGACAAUUUAUGAAAAUUAUAGUUAUUGCUUUUACUAAUACAAUUUGUAAACAUAUUAUAGACAGUGUAUACAAUUAGACAUUAAUAUUGCAUUUAA